CUUGACGCGGCGCAGUGAUCUGGCGCCUCUGCAGAAAGUAGAUCCGAGACACGCGAGCGCAGAGUUUAAAGCUCACCUGUCAGUGGAGGAGUGGACUACGGGGAAGUUUGUGCUCGUGGCUCAAAGAAGAAGAGGAGCAAGCCGGGAUUACAUUUUGGUUUAUCUUUAACUUUAUAGAUUGUGAAGAUGCCCCCAUCGUCCAUCUCCCUCCCCACAGAGACUCUGAUCUCCGAGCCCUUUCCGUGGGACUUCUUCUCCACCAGCGUUCGCCCCACAGAGCCCUACCGGCCGGACAGCUUCCCCGUCGGAAACAGCAGCGUCUCUUCUCGCUGCACCUACAAGGAAGACUUCAAGCAGAUUCUACUUCCUGCGGUGUACUCUGUGGUCUUCCUGCUCGGCAUUCCGCUCAAUGCUGCUGUUAUCCAGAAAAUCUGGAAGACUCGACCCAAUCUGUCCAGGAGCAACGUCUACAUGCUCAACCUGGCUUUAGCUGACUUCCUGUAUGUGAUGUCACUUCCUUUACUCAUCUACAACUAUGCCAGCCAUGACUACUGGCCCUUUGGGGAGUUCACCUGUAAACUAGUCAGGUUUCAGUUCUACAGUAAUCUCCACGGCAGCAUCCUCUUCCUCACCUGCAUCAGCAUGCAGCGCUACAUGGGCAUCUGCCAUCCUCUGGCUGUGUGGCACAAACAGGGGGGUCGCAGGAGGGCGUGGCUCAUCUGCGGAGGGGUGUGGCUCCUGGUCAUCACCCUUUGCGCACCGACGUUUUAUUUCGCUUCCACCGGAAUCCAGCGCAACCGCACGGUGUGCUAUGACCUAAGCACGCCGCAGCGCUCCAAGGACUACUACCCGUACGGCAUGGCGCUGACGCUGCUGGGCUUCCUGCUGCCCUUCAUAGGAGUGAUGGUCUGCUACUGCCAGAUGGCCCGUAUCCUCUGCCGCCCGGUGUCCCACCAGGGCGUCUCCACAGCAACGGGAGAGAAGCGGGAAAGGGCCGUCAGGAUGAUCAUCGUUGUGGCGUCGGUGUUCUGCGUGAGCUUCCUGCCCUUCCACCUCACUAAGACCGUCUAUCAGGUGGUGCGCACGUUGCCCCACGCCUCCUGCGAGACCAGGAACCUGUUCGCCAUCAUCUAUAAAAGCACAAGGCCGUUCGCCAGCAUGAACAGCUUUCUGGACCCCAUCCUGUUUUACUUCACUCAGCCGCGCUACCGCCGCAGCACCAGGAGACUGCUGCUCAGAGUCACUGCAUGGGGGGACAAAAGCCCCCCAACAGGAAGCAGACCCUACAGUCCCCCUGUGUUAAGCUCCUGAUGCUGCAACGUGUGAAGUAGCUGUUUUUUUAUUUAACACGUCAUGCUUCAGUGUGGAACCAACAAACUGAUGCUUAAUUCAGCUUAACAAACACAGCACUUCUGCAUGUAUUUAUUAUACGUGAUCUUUAAAGUAUACAGUGAAGGUCUGUUCUGUGUGAAAAACAGAUGUAAUGUUAACGUCCUAUUAGCUGUCACAUAGAGCUAGGUGUGUGAACUUUGUGCUUUGCAUUUGGGGGAGUAGUGAGCUGUAGACACAGGAAUCCAACCCCUUAAUGCUGAGUGUCCAGCAGGGAGACACUCUUUUUUUGAGUUUUUGGUAUGACUCAUCCUGGAUUUGAACUCAUGACCUUCCAAUUUCAGGGCACACACUCUUCCACAAGGCCACUGAGCUGGCUUUAGAUCAUAAAAACCAUGAUGGAGGAUUCUGUUACCGACUUAGCCUCUGAAUUCAGAACAAUGUCUAACAAAAAUAUGAUUAUCUUCAUUAUUGUUUAAUUCUUUAAGAUCGCAUCAGUUCACUUUUCUGAACUUCAUAUUUCAAGUCCAAAUAAUCCAUAAUGAGAAAAUCUGAGAUAUUUUAAAUUGAAUAUGAAACAUCCAUCCGUCCUCUGAACCCCCUUUUGAGGGGGUUGCUGGAGCCUAUCACAGUUACUGUUGGGCGAAGGCGGGGUUUACCCUGGACAGGUCGCCAGUCUAUUGCAGAGCCGGGAUACAAACUCUAGAAACUCCACAGAGAAAGGACCCAGCUGGGAUUUGAACCAGGGCGUUCUCAUUAAACAUGCAAAGAAAAAAACUACUUUUACCAAUUUGUAACAGAGGCAGAAUUUAGAAAAACUGAAAUAUGAUUAAAUGCUGAUGCGUUUUGAUGCAAUGCAACAUUAUCGUCUGUUUUGUUCUUUUGGUUUAAACUAAAAAUAUAGAUGUUUAAAUUAAACAUUCUCAAAUCUUUCAGGAUCUCCAUGGUUUACUUUGAUAUGAGAGGGAAAUCCCUUGAAGCACUUAGAGAAGUUGAUGAAGAAAGUUGUAAAAUGUUGGAUAUGAUGAAGGUAUUUUAUGUAUUUUUUUCUCUUACAUGUUGUGUUUCUCACUAGCAGCUGUUGUUGCACAACUCCACCACUGGGUGGCGCUCUCAUCUUUCUGUUGAUCUGAUGGACAAACAUUGAGACCUUUUCUUUGUUAUGUCUUCAUCAUGCGGCAAUGUGAGCGUUUAGCUGCAUGGAGGUCACACUUUAGGUCAGAGAGGUGAGCAGGAGGGCCUGAUGGAGAUCAUGUGUAGCUUAAUCCACACAAAUGUUAUUUAUUGUGACUGUGACGAUUGCCUCCUUGAGUUCGGCUUUCUAACAGUCAUGUGAUGAUGCGUCUUAACUGCAGCAAACGUUUAGAAACUCUGAGCUUUUUGUACUUGAACGUCAGCAUUUGUGUGAUGUAAAGGUGAGUUAUGUUGAGCUGUGAAUGUUGUGCUGCUGGCUUCAGCUAAAACUACAGUUUGUACAGUCGUUUUUGGUCUGUUGUCGGAUGUAACAAACUGUCCUUUUGUGAAAACUAAAUCCAGAGUCAGUAUUAUAAAGUUAUUUUAUACUUUUAUUUUUGAAAAUAUAUAUAACAGACUUGAAAUGUAUUUUAUUUUGUAACAAAUAUGUCACUGUGAGGCCAUUUUUGGAAUGCAUGUGUAAAGAUGUUCUGUAAUGCAAUUCUGACUGAAAAAAUGCUAUUAAAAGUAUUAGAAUGCAAACUGUUUUUUUUUUGAGAUUCUAG